GGCGAUAACGGUCGCACAGCAGAUGGCGGGUUGUCCGAAAUUUCUUUUCUGAGCGUGCUCAAGUACUGUUAAAUAAAUGUGGAAUGAGUAAUAGCAAAAAUGAGGGGUUAUAUUGCACAUACGUAAGAUUGCCUUAAUGGUGUUACCUGAGGCUGCACUGGCAUGACUGGUUUGUUGUGAAGCUGUGUCGCUGACAUUCUAUUAACCUGAACUCACUCAUGGAAGACUUCAGAACCAGCUACCUGCGUCUCUGCAAGGAAAACCGAUUGGAGCCGCAACAGAGCGUGCUCAGUCACUUAAGUCAUGGCAAGCACACUGAGACCAGUGGGGGAAGGAGUCCGCGCGGGACACCAUCUAAGAUGGGCCCUGGGAACCACGGCGUAGUGUUGGAUCUGUCGACCACUUCCCUGACUGUGCAGACAUGUUCUGUGCUGGGGGCCGCGCUGGCCAAGGAUUGCCUGUAUGGGGAGCUGCGACUAUCGGACUGUAUGAUUGGUGAUGAAGGGUUCAAGCUUCUUGCACACAGCUUGUGUUCCAACGCAGCAGUCAGGAACCUUGAUUUGAAGGGUAACAACCUCAGAGGACCAUCAGCAGAAGCACUGGGCAAGCUACUCGGUCAAAACCAUACUCUGAGAAGACUGUGUUUAGAGUGGAACUCACUUGGUCUGGACAGUGACCGCUUUGCCCUUCUGGCUGAGGGUCUUGCAGCUAACAACAGUCUAGAGGUCUUAGAUCUACGUAACAAUCAGAUCAGUCAUGACGGCGUAUCGGAGCUGUGCAAGGCAUUGCAGAGGAACUGUGUUCUCAGUUCAUUGGAUUUACGGUGGAACAAUAUCGGGAUAGUCGGGGGCCGCUCUGUUCUUGCCAUGCUACAAUACAACAAAACCUUGACGGAGUUGGAGCUUGCUGGAAACAACAUCACUCAAGACAUCAUGAAAGCUAUAGAUGUUGCUAGGCAACACAAUUUAGACCGAGCCAGCUUGACCAAUGAGCAUCAGAGCAGGCAGAGCAUCAUGACGCGGGAGAUCAAACAACUCCGAACACAGAAGAAGCAACAGGCCUCGGAUUUGCUGCAUAGAAUCGACCAACAGAAUGAGCUUCAGAGUAGAACACACCGGGACACCGCUCACAAGAUCCACCAACUCCAAGAAGCACUGGCUGAGAGGAAGUGUGCUUUCAAUGCACUCAAUGCAAAAUUGUCUAAAACUGAGGCAGAGCUGCUAUUGGCCGAACAGAGGUCACGUGACUUAAGUGACAUACUGGAGGUGUCGAGGAAGGAGAACUCAUCACUAGUUGCAAUGCACCAGAAAGAGAUGCAGACACAACUAGGGGAAAAAGCAUCCUCAGAGAGCAAACUCCUGCAUGACAUUGCCUCCCUGAAGGAUCGCAAUCUCCACCUGGAGACUAAAGCAGAUGAGCUUGACAAGCGAUGUCAGCAUCAACAAGACCAGAUCUAUGAACUCAAAGAAGAGCUAGCGACGAGCCACGCCCAGGUCAAACUACAAGCCACACAGGCUGAAGAGCGUCUCCAAAAUGAGAAACAGCGUCUGCGCGACCAGCAGCGAGACUUGGAGCGACGCCAUGCCAGCGAGAUGCAACACCAGCGAGAGUCAGCCGAGGAGAGCGAGCGAGCGUACCGAGAUCGCAUCGUCAAGCUGGAGGAACACCGACGGAGUUUAGAAGAGGAGAUGAGUAAACUCAAGAACCAGCAGCUGACGGAGAGGUUGGCGCUGGAGGAACAGAUCCUCAGCACUAGGCAGAGGGUCAAAGAAGAAGAGCAUCAACGCAUGAAACACCUUGAAGACAAGAUCCGCCUCCUAUCCAACGCUAAGGAUGACAUCCAACAGCAUUACUCCCAGCAGAUGCAGACCAUUGCUGAGCUACAGGCCAAGAAUAACAACGCUGGGCUGGAGGUCGAGUCACUCAAACGCAGACUUGAGGAGCUUAACCAGGAACUCGCUGGCAAAAACAACGAGCUCCAAGCAGAGGUCAACAAAGUCAAGCUGAGCUCCAGCAAGCAACUGAGCAGGAUGGAAGCCCAGAUACAAGACUCAGAGUCCUUGCGAGAACGCUGCUCCACGCUAGAAUUGCAGCUGGCUGAGCAAACAAGACGACAUCGCACAGAGCUGAUGGACCGCGACAACGAGACGGAUAGCCUUAGAGAAAGGAUGCGAUCCCAGGACAUGGAGUACAGUCGUAUACAAGAAGAGGAAACACAACGUGCAGGGAUGCUGCAAGCGGCAAUCUCCGGCUAUCUCACAUCAACCAGGACCCCCAUGUCUACACCUCGGAAGUAAUCACAAAAUUUGGUCCAGACAAUAAGACAUUUUUCUGAGAGUAUGACGGUACUGUUUUACUGUCAUUUUCUUGGUUACGAAAAAUAUUUUUAUCAUGUUUAGCACUUUGGAUGCGUGACUUCAAUAGCAACAUGGUGACUUACAUAAGUACCCUGGGUUUUACAUCAGUUUUUCCCUAAGAUGUUUUGUCACUGUGCCAACUGAAAAAUAUGGCCAAGCAUUUGCCUCAAAAAGGCCACAUUUUGAAAUAGUUGUUGUUGAAAUUGUGGUCGGGCAACAGUUGUUGACCAUUCCCACUAUUUGUCCAAACAAAUAUUUUGUAUUGAAAGUACACGCUUAGUGCAUGUAAAAACAGUCCUAAAUAGCUUUUCUAUUUUGUUUUAUUUGAGCAGUUUUUGUGUCUUCUUUCAUCCUCCACUCUGUAUUGAGCACCAAGUUUGUUUAUUGCCAGGUGUGACGCUGUAUUUUUUUUAUCGUGCAUGAACAUUGGCUCAGACUUUAAAUAAUUUUACAAAACUUUUUAUUGAUGUACAUAUAAAUACUUAUGACACUUUUUAUAAAUUCACCUUCCAGAUGUUUCCAUCAAAUUUUCAUUUAAAGGAUUUAUUUUGUGCGGCAAAGUGAUAAGAUACGUUUGGGUCCUUCCUCAGAAAGCGAGAUGCUUCCAUCCUCUGAAAAUAUUUCUUAAAGAUAUUCGAAUAAUUUCUCGUUCAGAUAGGAGACAUUCCAUUACUUAUCCCCUGUGCCAUUGCCAGCUUGAUAAACUUUCAAUCGUGGAGUAGUUUUAUUUGGUUUUAUCAUUCAAAAUCAAUUGCAGGGUUGAGAAUUCUUUUUAGCAUUUGUGUUUUUUAUCCCAAAUACCUCGUUCUUCGGAUUUUCACAAAAUUGUCUUCAACUGCGUACAUGUAGUUGUUCUCUUUAUUCCAGGGGUCAGCCAUGUCCGAUUUAGGCUGAGGGCCGUCUCAAUUAACAUCUGGGUUGAAUUUCGGACAAGUUGCGGAAAUUAUAUCAGGUGUAAGUUGCAGGUUUCUGAACUUCCCACAAUGAAGUCAUCAGUAUUUGUAAGUCAAGCAGUUGCUCAUGAAAGUUGCCCCAGAUCAUGUCUGGUACAAAUGCAGAGCUUCUUCUGGACAAAGUGAAGGAUUGUACCCGCAACUUGUCCAAGAGUUGUCCCGGUUAUGGAGACGGGCCCUAACAGUAUUACAGUAAAUGUGGAAGUCUACUUCAUGAGUCAAAUACUAAAAUAAUUAAAUAGAAGUUAGAUUUAUAGGUUAAGUUGGAGCUUCCAAACAGUCUUCGUACUUUAAAUCUUCUAUUUUCUAUUUAUAUUAAAGAAACCUUGGUUUUGCACUUGUAUUCAAAAAAUAACACUCCUGAAUCCUCCAAUUUAAUACGAUUUUACACACCCCAUUCGGAAUUAGGGUUAAUUAGUUUUUCAAAAUUGUCAAAAGGAUUGAUGUUGGAAUCCUUUCUCUCACGAGAAUCUUUAUAUAAGUCAUUUUGCGAUAUGGACAAAGCUCCUGCUUUUAUUUACAUGACAGACCGUAUAACUCGUUAGGGUUUGUAUAAUCACUCCAGGUGAAAUGCAGUGUGUUGCAGUUUUUAUUUAUGAACUUUCUGUCACCUAACAAAAAUAUCAAUUGAAUUUACCAUGUUUGUCUACAUUUUGUAUAGAUAGUGAAAUUUAUAUUUAAUAUUUGUUAGACCA